CAUGGCAAAUGCGGGAAAAUUUUAUUUCGUGUGAACUUGUAUUGUACAUUUAUAAUAGCUGAAAAUAAAGUAUUAAGGAAAAGUAUAAAGAAUUAUUCUGGUGAUACGAUGUCAUCUACAUAUGGAGUACAUUUCCGGACAAUGUUCGUCGUUAUUGUCGGAAUCUCUGUGCUUAUUUUACUCUAUCUUGGAAAUAUGUUCCCAGAUAUUUUCUUCGGCGUAAAUAUUGUGGACAGAAAUAAUAUGUUAAAACAUAUGGUAGACGGAAUGCAGACGAAAAAUUCAACUUUAGAUAAUGAAGUUCUUUUGAAAAAAUUUUCAACACAAAGUGAUGUAAAUGACGAGACAGAUUAUAAAACGACUACUGGUGAUCCACUCAAAACAGAGAAUGGAUUUAAUAAACUAUAUUCACCGUAUAUAGAUACAAAGUUCCAUCUAAAUUCGACAGGGGUGAUAAAAAAUAAAACGAUUUUAUGGUGGAAUCCACCAGGCUGGUUGAAAAAUUGGUUUGCUGAUUUUAAUAUGGACCAGUGCGAUUAUAAAAAUUGUCGGGUCUCUUUCAAUCAAAAUCACUUUCAACAAAGUGACGCUGUCGUUUAUUCUAUUGUUGAUUCAGGUAUGGGUCGUAAACCACCGAUUCCCGCAAAUCUACGGAAUCCCGAUCAAGCUUGGAUAUUUUUUACUCUGGAGUCACCAGUGCACGUGAAAAUGGAGAAAAGAGAGUUUAUGAACCCUUAUUGGCAGAAUGCAUUUAAUUGGUCCUGGACUUACAGGACGGACGCGGAUAUUUUUCAUCCGUAUGGAACACUUAUUACCAAAGAUAUCGUGCCAAAGAAAAAUUAUUCUGACAUAUUCCGGAGAAAAAAUAAAUCUGCGGCAUGGGCCGUCAGUCAUUGCCGGACAUACUCUGAAAGAGAAAAGUACACACGAUUGUUAAACAAGUAUGUAAAUGUUGACAUAUUUGGCAAAUGUGGACUUAAACCACCGGUGAAUUUGAAAGAAUACAUUAACAAUAAUUACAAAUUUUAUCUUGGUUUUGAGAAUUCACUUUGUGACGAGUACAUGACAGAAAAGUUUUUUAAUUAUUACAAAAUGGAUAUUAUCACAAUUGUUAGAGGGAGGGGUGACUAUAACAAAUACUUGCCAAAAGGUUCUUUUAUAAACACGGCAGAUUUCUCAUCAGUUAAAGCUUUAGCAAUGUUUUUACACAAGUUAGGGUCAAAUGAAGAGGAAUAUAUAAAUUAUCUAAAGAUUAAGGACAAGUAUAAAGUGUUUGAGAGAGAUUUCAUGUACAGAGAUGCAACUUGCAAUAUAUGUGAAAAACUGAACAAUUUAGAACAAAAUAGAAAAACUUACGAAGAUAUAAAUAAAUGGUUAGGAUUGUGUUAUGCAGCUAACGAUUUGAAAGAAACAAAAUAAAACUAUUAAGAAAUUUCCUAUACAGUAUUUGUUGUUUGUAUCUACACCGAUAUCCAUCAAGGAAAAGCAGGCCUCUGCGCAUGUUGGGUUGUUCCUAAAGUAGAUGGUUGGUUGGCUGGCUGGCUAGCUAGCUAGUUAAAAUGAAUUAGUACAGUGUGGCCACUCAGUGAUCCAGAGUGAAAAACUACCAACACCACCACCAAAUUCAAAUAGCAUUGCAAGCAGUAAUAUAUAUUUACAUCCUCUAAGCACUUGUCUAAAACAAGAUGUUUGUAAAACAUGUAUGCCCCAAAUCGACAGCCAAAUUAGUCAUGUGGUCAAGUUAUUGUAACUGACAUUUGACCUAGUGCAAAAAAUUAAUAGGGGUUAUCUACUGGUCAUGACUAGUCACUACAGAUCAUUUUGACCGUAAAGGUUGUGUGCAGCAAUUUUAUGACAAAGUAAUUGCAAACCUUACCAAAUACAUGCAUAUGCAUAAAUUUUAUGAACCAUGUAGGCCUCCUUAAUGACAGCCAUUUUGUUAUAUUACAUUAGACCUUGAUAUGUGUAUACCAAAAGCAUGUUUAGUUUAAUAAAAA